AUGCGACAUCAUUCAAGACAUUCCAAGUCGUUUUCGGAUUUAUUGCAAGCAGAACGUCAACGGAUGCAAGAAAUACGUCAAUUGGAACUUGAAGAUCAUAUUACAUUUCCAAAGGAAUUGCGUCAGAGCUGUGGACCAGAGAAUCUCAAGUUUAUUUAUGAUACCUUGUCCAAGGUAUUUUCAUUUCUACGUGGUGAAUUUGUCGAACCAUUGGCACGUGAUUUAAGAAUCUUACGCUUUGCAAAGGAUGAAAUCAUUUGGAAGCAAGGAGAACUGGAUGGAUCGAUCUUGGUUGUUGUUAAUGGUGCUGCAUCGCUCACGAUCCAUGGUCACAAUGACGAUGAUCAACGGUUCUCGAAACUAUUGGGAUGUGGUGAUACAUUAACGUCAUCGCUUCCAUUACUGACAGUACUGGUGAAUGAACUGCAGCAUGGAGAAUGCAGUGCACAAGUCAAGAAAGUAUGCGGCGCGUUGUCGGCCAAAGCGGAAGAAAAUGGUACACGGUUGUUUAAAAUCCCGAUACAUUCGAUCAAGAAAGUGCUUGAAAAGUAUCCUGAAGCAUUUUACCGAUUGUCACAGGCUACACUCAGCCAAGUGGAAAAGAUUACGGCAAAGUCGCUGAUUGAUCACUUUGGACUUUCAUCGGAGAUCAUUCAUAUUACACCUUUGGUGCCCUCGUUGACCUCGCGUAGUGUCGAUGAAACUGCAGUAGACGAGAUUGCAAACGAUGUUGCCGAUGCGAUAGGCUUGUUCGAUUCAGAGUUGCGAGCAACGCUUGCUAGCUCUGUGACAGUUAUUAAGCGUUCGAAAAACACGACAAUUCGUGAGGAUGGCGAUUCCUCGAGCAUACUGGGCAUUCACAUUGUAUUGGAUGGAUCGGUUAGUGUUCAAGUUGCAACUGCUCCGCAAAAGUAUGUGGAGCUGUAUAAAGCAACGAAAGGGUGUGAACUCGGUAUUUCUGCGUGUUUUGUUGGGUCACAUUUCUUCGCGACUUGCAAUGUAUGUCUUGAGGAUACGACUUUGCUGUGGAUCCCCGAAGCAGUAUUCAGCAGCUUGUUGCAGACGAAUCCCGUUGCUGUAAAGUGUACACGCCAUAUAAUUGAGCAGUACUCUGGCCUCGUAUGUGUAGCUGAUACUUCGUUUGAAUGGCUACAUCUCCGCAGUGGUGAAAGUUUGUUUGAUCGCGGAGACUUGUGUGAUUCUGUUUUUACGGUCAUCAGCGGUCGCCUUCGUGUUGUGCAAGGGCAUUCGCAUCGCGGCAAAGAACUGGAGACGAUGAAUGAUCUUGUGCGAGGAGCUACGCUGGGUGCAAUGGAUAUGCUUGCAACUGGUGCCAGUAACUCUUCAGUGUUUGCAAUCCGCGAUUCUCAAAUUUCUCAGAUGUCACGAAACGUGUUUGAUUAUGUUGUGAGUAAGUAUCCGUCCGUUCUUAUUCAUUUCACCAAAAAUCUGGCGCGACGAAUGCCAACUCCUCGAGUGGAUUCUCUGAAGACUGAUGCCAGUGGUGUCAAGGCUCGUAGCCACGACUUGCUUUCGCUUGGUUCGCGCUCCGCAACUACGGAUGGACCAAAAGCGGGCAGCAAUCUCCCACUUGGCACUGUUGCCGUUCUUUCCUUGACAAAGAUGACAAAGAUUUCGACUUUCUGUUGUCACUUGGAGAUGUCUUUGAAGACGUUGACCUCAGUUGAACUAGUGUCAUCCGAAAAAGCCAAAGCAUUUCUAGGUGAACAGUGGAUCAGUAACUCCCGCGUAUCACGGGCAAAUCUCACAGCCUGGAUGGGCGAAAUCGAGAGCUCGAGUGGCCUGGUAAUUUAUGAGGCUGAUCCACAGUUGACUGCCUGGACAAAGCUCUGUAUUCGCCAGGCAGAUCGUAUUUUGCUGCUCUGCUCUGAUGCACAUCCACAGCAGUCAUUUGUGAGUGACAUGAUAUCGAUUUUGAAGAAUGCCUGGGACAAGCGAGAUGCUGAGAUUAACGUUGUUCGUAUCCGCGAAAAGGACUGGACGUUGGCUGCAUUAGAGGCAGCCGCAAUACAGGAGGCUAAUGGAUCUUCACGUUCUUACGCAUUGAAGAGAAAACUGCGUCUACAGAUGGAUAGCCCUUUACUGCCACGCUUCAUCCUUCCUAUGGAGAAAUACGAGUGGAUAAGUGGUUUUCACAACGUGCAAAUUCCGUUUGAGGAUCAUCGCUCGGAUUUUAUGCGACUGAGUCGCCUCAUCACCGGCAAUGCCGUCGGUUUGGUGCUUGGCGGAGGUGGUGCGCGAGGUCUUGCACAUAUAGGCGUGCUGCGCGCACUUCAGGAGUGCGGUAUCCACGUCGAUGUUGUUGGGGGUACUAGCAUUGGUGCGUUCAUUGGUGGCAUCUUUGCACUCCACCCGAACAAUUUAAGCUUGGUUGAGGCUAAAGUACGACAGCUUUCAAUGUGUCUGAGCAGCAUUUCUGAGAAGCUACGCGAUAUGACAUUGCCCAUUUCUUCUUUCUUCAAUGGCACGCGUUUCAACAAUAGUAUCCGUGCGCAUUUUUACGACCUGUCGAUUGAGGACUUGAUGCUGAAUUACUUCUGCGUGUCGACGGAUAUCGCAAAGUCGCGUAUGAGUGUUCACCGCAGUGGCCCAGUUUGGAAGUAUGUACGAGCAUCUAUGAGUCUUCAAGGGUACUUUCCUCCAAUCUCAGAAAAUGGUUCACUGCUGCUGGAUGGUGGGUACAUGAACAACCUUCCAGCUGAUGUCAUGAAGGAAGAAGGUGGCAUUAAGUACAUUUUUGCGGUGGAUGUGGCGAGCGAAUCACGCACUCAGUUUUACCAGUACGGUAGUGCACUAUCAGGAUGGUGGCUGCUAUGGAACAAACUUAAUCCGUUUGCAGAGACGGUAGUAGUGCCUUCCAUGGGCGAUGUGUCAGCUGCAUUGGCAUACGUUUCGUCGGAGCAGCAUAAGGACCGCGUUAAGGAGGAAUGUAUUGAUCUGUAUCUACGUCCACCGGUCAAAGACUACGGUACCUUGGAGUUCAACAAGAUGGAAGAGAUCAUUGAUGUUGGCUACAAAUACGCGUUGCCGCGUAUACAAGCUUGGACGGCUAGAGUCUUAGACGCUGAGCCCGACGCCGAUAUUAAACGUAAAACGCCGCCUACGACGCCACUUGACGUUGAUAAAAAUUCGUCCAAGUUGUCCAUUACUACGUAA